UCAGAGGGAGAGAAAAAGCGCUGUUAAAAUGCCCGAGCCGGCCAAGUCCGCGCCCGCGCCCAAGAAGGGCUCCAAGAAGGCGGUCACCAAGACGCAGAAGAAGGGCGACAAGAAGCGCAAGAAGAGCCGCAAGGAGAGCUACUCCAUCUACGUGUACAAGGUGCUGAAGCAGGUGCACCCCGACACGGGCAUCUCCUCCAAGGCCAUGGGCAUCAUGAACUCCUUCGUCAACGACAUCUUCGAGCGCAUCGCCGGCGAGGCCUCGCGCCUGGCGCACUACAACAAGCGCUCCACCAUCACGUCGCGGGAGAUCCAGACGGCCGUGCGGCUGCUGCUGCCUGGCGAGCUGGCCAAGCACGCCGUCUCCGAGGGCACCAAGGCUGUCACCAAGUACACCAGCUCCAAGUAGGGCGUCUCAGACCGUGACUUUCAACCCAAAGGCUCUUUUAAGAGCCACCCACAUACUCUCUAAAAGGGCUUUGCACUGUAGUGCCUCAGUCUUCAGUACGAAAAUUUUAUUAAGGAACG